ACUACAGAGUCCACUGAAUACACUGAUUACCCCACGGACAAGAAUGACUUGGAUUAUGACCAUUGGUCCCAGCAAUGCCUGAAGGAAUCCAACCGCCACUUCCGCUCCUGGUUCAUGCCCACCUUCUACUCCCUCAUCUAUUUCCUUGGUCUGGUCGGUAACAUCCUGGUAAUCGGUACCUACGUCUACUUCAACCGACUGAAGACUGGGACCGAUGUGUUCCUGCUCAGCCUGUCCGUUGCCGACCUGCUGUUUGCCGUGUCGUUGCCCCUCUGGGCGACCAACUACAUGACGGAAUGGGUGCUGGGGCUGUUCAUCUGCAAGGCCAUGCACACCAUCUAUAAGGUCAGCUUCUACAGCGGCAUGUUCCUCCUCACCUCCAUCAGCGUGGACAGUACCUCCGCCAUCUCCAAGGCCGUCUCUGCCCACCGCCACCGCUCCACGGCAGUGUUCAUCAGCAAGGUGACCUCUGUGGCCAUCUGGGUGACGGCGCUGGUCUUCUCCAUGCCCGAGAUGUCCUACACCACCAUCAGCAACAAGACCUGCACCCCCUAUCCGCCCGGCUCAGACCAGGUGCCCGUGGGCAUCCAGGUGAGCCAGAUGGUCCUGGGGUUCGUUCUGCCGCUCCUAAUCAUGGCCUUCUGUUACGGUGCCAUUCUGAAGACCCUGUGCCAGGCCCGGAGCUUCGAGAAGAACAAGGCCAUCAAGGUGAUCUUAAAAAAGGCUGUGGGUGGCGGUCUUCUGCUCUGCCAGGUGCCCUAUAAUGUGGUACUGCUGCUGACCACUCUACUCGUGGUCAAUGGGGGCAGACAUUGCACCUACGACAACAGCCUCCUCUACGCCUCUGACAUCACCCAGUUCCUGGCUUUCCUGAGGUGCAGCCUCAACCCCUUUGUAUACGCGUUCAUCGGGGUGAAGUUCCGCCGCGACCUCCUGAAGCUGCUGAAGGAUCUGGGCUGUUUGAGCCAGGAGAGAUUCUUCCAGUACACCUGCGGCAAGAGGAGGAGCUCAGCGGCCGCCAUGGAAACCGAGACCACAACCACUUUCUCCCCCUAAAGCUGCCAAUGCUGCCUAA